AAGUCUGCCAUCAUUCAGGGCUCGACUCGCUACACGGAGCCCGUCACUGCCGGUGAAUUUUUGAGACGAGCCAUCGAACGCAAUUAUAACGCUCUUCAAGCUCUCAAGGCUUCCCAAAACAAUGCUUAAACAACGCGCCCAUGAUCUUUCCCAAAAUCAACCAUAAUACUUCUCCACGUAGUCACAUCUUACCUUUUUUCUCGUACUUUAUUUCUUAUUAUUCAGCUGUUCUUCUUUGUAGAUAUCUUCGCAUUCUCUGUCGUCCAAUCUUUUACAUAUCUUCUGUCAUUGGGGCGGCAGGCACGGUUGCAGCCACUCCGUGUAAAAAAACCUGUAUAUAUAACGCAUCUGCAUACAAAAAAUAAAUUUCCCCUUUUGUCUUUUUGUUUUCCACCCCCUAUAAAAACGCUUUGCAUUGCCCUA